GGAACGAGUUAACAAAAGUAAUCAAAAUGGAGGCAAGAUGAACGAGCCGAUCCGACGUCCAGAGCAAGUGUCGCCAAAAUCAAGCCCCCGAGGGUCCCGAUCACCGGCGUACCCCCGCCCUGACUCUUCGGGGACUCUGAAAACAACAAUAAGUCUGGGAAGAGGAGUACCAUCAGUUAUUCAUUCCGGUCCAUUUUAUCUUGUGAAAGACAUUGGACCAACACAUCCAUCAAUUAUCACGGGAAGUAACAACCUCAUGAUUCACUAUGGACUCCAGAACUCGUUCAGCAAGUUCUGUAAGAAGGAGGGGAAAGAGGAACUCAGUGCAUUUCUGCCGAACCUCCCAGGGUAUAUAGACACUCCAGGAAUGCAGGAUAACAGUUCUUUGAGGUCCUUAAUAGAAAACCCACCAAAGACCAGUAAGGAAUUGGUGCCUUUAUUAGGAUCUUCACUGCAGGGAUUCCGGUUACACCCCGGACCACUUCCUGAACAAUAUAGAUUUAUGAGCCAUAUGCCCAAAAAGAAACACAAAUUAAAGAAAAGACGGGAAGAAAAGCCGGGAAAUAUGCCGGAUACACAAGGUGGAGUGACAUCUGUAGAAACUGUGGUCUGGAGCUACCCCAGAGAGGUGACCCUGAUCUCUCAGCCAGAUAAUUCUCCCGAAGUGAAAACCAAGAAAGUUAAAACAGAAGAGAACCUUAAAAAGAAGAAGAAGAAGAAAAAUAAAAAGAAAGCAAAAGAAAAAGAUGAUGAUGGCCAGUCCUGAAGGUCCUCAAUAUAGUGAAUAACUGGGUAUUGUGAAUAAACUAUGGCAGCAGCAGUGUUCUUUGUAUAUUUUGGUUACAGUCAGACAGAACCACUUUCUACUUGUACAUCGAGUGUGUGCAGAGUAUGCAUGGGUGAAUGAAGACAAUGGCAAUGAAUUUACUUGAAUGUAAGAAUAAAAUGUGUGAAUUGUU